AUGGCGUUUCUAGCAGAUUUUCACAUUAUUCGCAGUAUUUUGUCAAUUUUAUUAUUAACUAUAUUGUCGGUACAAAUUUCAGAAGGAUCAAAAGCGGAAUUUGUGACAUGCGGCUCUAUUUUGAAGAUGAUAAAUACAGACUUGAGAUUGCGACUACACUCACACGACGUGAAGUACGGCUCUGGGUCUGGACAGCAGUCAGUAACAGCAGUGGAUGUAGCUGACGACUCCAACAGUCACUGGUUGGUGCGGGCUCCCAUGGCAGAGUCAUGCAAACGCGGGGCUCCCAUCAAAUGCAACACCAAUAUCCGUCUACAACAUGUCUCUACAAAGAAGAACCUUCACUCGCACUACUUCUCGUCACCAUUGUCAGGCAACCAGGAGGUGUCAUGCUAUGGUGAUGAGGACGGCGAGGGAGACAGUGGUGACCACUGGACUGUAGUCUGCAAUAAUGAUUUCUGGAGGAGGGACACUCCUAUCAAACUUAGGCAUGUGGAUACUGGAGCGUUCCUUGCUGGCUCAGGUCGUACAUUUGGACGGCCGAUUAGUGGGCAGGGCGAAAUAGUAGGAGUAAACUCUCAGUAUGGCGCAUACACUGACUGGCAAGCCAAAGAAGGACUCUUUAUUCACCCCGGCGAACUAUUACCACACCAGCAUGCGAUACACUCAGAGUUAUAA